CUUGGUCUUGUGAGAGGGGAAGUGUCCUUGUUUUCAUUACAAGCUGCAACAACUUCAUUUGUCUGUGAGAGUUUGGGGGAAACUGCAUGUGACGCUGGGGACGAAGUGAAAGCAUCUAUCUGGCUCUUCAAAAAAUAAGCCCAUCAUCAACAUACAGUCACUCAUUUACUGAUCUUACAAGGAACUGUUUUCCACAAUGAGCGUGUCCCAGACAAUGGAGACCGAGGAGGAUCUCCUGACUUGUCUCCAAAUCAAGCUUUACCACCCUCAGCAGAGUUGCAGGGGCAUUUAUGGGGCUCUGCCUCUCGGGAAGAGGACAACACACACAGCAGAUGACCCCCUCAGGCUGGGCAGAGACGCCCAGGCCUGUACCUACACCCUGGCUGACCCUCGAGUGUCCCGCAAACAUUUGGCCCUCUACGCCUUUCACACACCACACAGCCCGAACAUGAUGUUCACCAUCCAGAACCUGAGUCAGAAGGGAAAGCUGUCAGUUAACAGCUCAGCUCUGGGCUUCCUGGAGAGGAUGGAUCUCCCAAAUAAGGCCCUGAUCCGUUUCGGAGAGUAUGAAAUUCUGAUCAUCCAUGAGUCCGGUGAGGCCAAGGCAAGCUUUGAGGUGGAGUUUGAAGUGUUGACAGUGCCCCCAUCCAGAGAGACGUGCAUGUGUGUUCCCAGUAUGACACCAGUCAUGGACACAGGCUCAUGUGUCAUGAAUGGUUUUCAGUCUGGUUUCACAGCACUCGGCCCUCUGGAGACUGAUGAGACUCUUUCAUAAUGAACCUUUGCCACUUUCCCACUGGUUUUGACUUGUUUUUCCUUUCUUUUUCACUUGCAGUGGAAAACAUACAUUACAUUAUAAAACAUGCAUGCUAACAAAAAAGAUUCCCUAUUUUGAAUGUGAAAUCAGUGUUUUUUUUUAUUUAUUACUCCAUAUGUUAACAAGCUGUAUUUUUUCUAUGAUGUAUUUUAUUUUUUAAAGUGCAAAUGCAAAGUCUUGAAGACACUUUCAACUUGAGCAUAUUAAAAGUGUUUGUUGGUAAA